UCCAGACUCCCAGCGUUUAGGAAAGCGGCAGGCUGGAAGUACGCAUGUAGUAAUUCAUGCCACCUUUGGGAGACAGUGAGCAUUGUCUGUCUCGGGACCAGCAGUUCGAGUAAGUUUUUUGGAAAGUUGAUAUUUUACAGUGGACUGUAUUGUUUUACAAGGACUGGAAAAACGUAACGUAAACGCCUGAGGUUUGGGAGACAAACGAAGAGUUUGCGAGCUUCGCCCACAUCACGUUUAUCCUCAUGGAAACGUAGACUUCCCCUCCACAAGGAUGAUUUGGGGGUAGUUUUAUGGAGUCUGAGUUGGAACUGGGUGAGAUUUUGGAAAGGAUUAAGGCGGGAGACACAGUCGAAAAACUUUCCCCUGGUGAGUCACGGCGGCGAGUGGGUUGGAUUGUUGUAAAGUAAUUACGCACGGUCUGCGCAGACAGAUUUGUACAGUCCAAGAUGCGCCUGUUGAGCACGUCGUGCGGAUGUGACCGCGGUGAAAUCCAAGGGAGAAUACACAUGACCGGAAUGAUUCAGUUUCUCUUCCUCCUCGCGGCCGUGCUGUCCUGUCAAGGCUGUCCGGACAAAUGCUUGUGCUUCUCACAAACUGUGAAAUGCCAAAACCAGGACUUGGACGCGAUACCGCAUUCUUUGCCGACCAAUACCAAAUUCCUGUUCGUCACUGGAAACAACAUUUCCCGGAUCAGUGUGGACUCUUUCCCAACCCGCUUGGAACAAUUAACAGAUCUCUAUCUCAGUGGGAAUGAGAUGGAGUCUGUGGAUGCAAUGGUAUUUGAUAACUUGCCAAACCUUGUGCGGCUGGACCUGAGCAACAACAACAUCCAGAAUUUCAGUGAAAGAGCUUUCCCUGAUGAUAAUAAAGUGCAGUUCUUGAACCUCAGUAGGUGUUUCCACAAUUACUCCACUGUGGAUAUGGUCUUAAGCGUUCUACAGAGUGGAAACCUCCUCCAGCUGACGGCCUUGGACUUGUCCAACAAUGACCUUGUGAUUCUCCCAGACGGCAUCUUCGGCAGCCUCUCCAACCUGGUCAACCUCAGCCUGCAGAACAGCUCCAUCGUCUCCAUUCCUAACGGGACGCUGAAGGUGCCACCGCUGCGUGACCUUGACCUGAGGGACAACAGCCUGAGGGGCCUGCCCACCACCACGCUGGCAGAGUUCAGCCUCAAGCCUGCUCUUCACAUCCGGCUGGCGGGGAACCCCUGGCGCUGCGACUGCUUCAUCGACGACAUGCUGCUGUGGCUGAAAAACUCCACUCAGAUCAUUGACAUGCAGAACCUGACCUGCACAGACCCCAAGGCCCUGAGACGCCAGCCGCUCCUGCAGUUAGAGCUGUCACAGCUGAAGUGUUCAAGCGACAUGGAGGGUGUGCUGGAGACCUCUUAUGUUUUCCUGGGCCUGGUGCUGGCCCUCAUUGGCGUCAUAUUCCUGCUGGUGCUCUACCUGAACAGAAAAGGCAUCAAGCGGUGGAUGUACAACAUCCGGGAUGCUUGUAGGGACCACAUGGAGGGGUACCAUUACAGGUACGAGAUAAACUCUGACCCACGUUUGGCCAACCUGAGCAUCAAUUCAGAUGUGUGAGCCAAGAGGGACACUGUCUGGGAUCCCGCAGUGAGAUAUUAAAUGACUUCUACUGUUAAAAUUUGCAUGAAAGUCUUCCUCCCCUUCCCUCCUUCUCCCCCAUGAUGCUAUUCAGAUUUUACAUCUGUCAUGGCUCCUAAUUACCCUCCCUCACAACCUUCAUUCAACCACUGCCGCAUGUCCUACACAAGUACCUGGCAGCUGUGAUGUCAACUGCGUUUCUUCCGUGUAACAUUGCAUGGACAAUGAAAUGGCGAAGGUUUUUUUCCUGGAGAGUUGCAAAGAGUGCUAUGUUCUAUUUUUAUUUUUCCUAAAGGAUAAACGUACGGCGUGACUUUUAAGCGAAAGAAAACAUACUGCUGGUCAUUGCAUCCUUCUCAUUAUGCCUCUGCUGCUUGUUUAUGAGUUUGUUCUUUAUAAUAUGUGUUUUGUGAUAUACAGUAUGCCUCUUGAAUGAUUAUAGUGCACAUUGCAUAGUUUUUUUGGAUUUUAGUAGGUGGAUGUAAUUGCUCUUUUUUCUGUGAAGAUAUUCGGCUAAAUAAAACGCCUCUGGAUUGCUGGUA